UCGGGCUCGGCAUUCACCUUUCAUAAUCACGUGAUAAAACUGCAGCCAUGAUGGACGGAAUUGAUGACAGCCCCGACCUUUUGGCGGGCGAUGGAGGAGACAAACACAGGGCAGAGAGCGUUGACCUGUCAACAGAUACAUCAUUACUUGUUGACAUAUCAGAUGCGUUAAGUGAAAGAGACAAAAUUAAGUUCACAGUACAUACAAAGACAACACAGUCCAGAUUCAAGGAGUCAGAUUUCUCAGUUGUGAGACAACAUGAAGAAUUCGUGUGGCUACAUGAUAGAUUUGUUGAAAAUGAAGAAUAUGCAGGUGUAAUUAUACCACCAGCACCACCUAAACCUGAUUUUGAGGCUUCAAGAGAAAAGCUUCAAAAGCUCGGAGAAGGAGAGGGAACAAUGACGAAAGAAGAGUUUACAAAAAUGAAACAAGAAUUAGAAGCAGAGUAUUUAGCUACUUUUAAAAAGACUGUAGCUAUGCAUGAAGUGUUCUUACAAAGAAUUGCUGCUCAUCCUCAGCUCAAAAAUGAUGUGAAUUUUGAAGUGUUCCUUGCUUAUGAUCAAGAUUUGAGUGUAAGAGGUAAAAACAAGAAAGAAAAGAUCGGAGGAUUUUUCAAAAGCAUUACAAAAACUGCAGAUGAAGUUCUUCUUGCAAAUCUUAAGGAUGUUGAUGAAUUCUUUGAGAAUGAGAAGAGCUUCCUAAUGGAAUAUCAUAACAAAAUCAAGGAUGCUACACAAAAGUCAGACAGAAUGACAAAGUGUCAUGGAGAAGUGGCAGAUAGUUAUAUCCAGAUAUCUUCAGGUUUCGUUCAGUUGGCAACAGUUGAAAAUACAGAAUUAGAUAAAAUAUUUACAAAGGUUGCUGAAGCACUUGAAAAAACCAGGAAAUUGGAGGGGAGGGUAGCAACAGACGAGGACCUUAAAUUGAGCGAUACGUUACGGUACUACAUGAAGGAUUCGUCGGCAGCCAAGGACCUACUUUACAGGAGGGCGAGGGCGCUUGCCGACUACGAGAACGCCAACAAAGCCUUAGAGAAAGCCCGCCUAAAGAACAAAGAAGUCGCACAGGCCGAGAAAACCCAGCAAACUGCAUGUGAAAAAUUUGAAAAAAUAUCUGAAGUAGCAAAGAAAGAAUUAACAGAGUUUAAAACAAGGAGAAUAGCAUACUUCAAGAAAAACCUGGUGGAUUUAGUAGAACUAGAAUUAAAACAUGCCAGGGCGCAGACCCAAUUACUAACUAACUGUAUAAAUGCUCUUCGAGACGAUGCAUGAUUCCAUUUGUAAUCUGUGAUAUUUCCAUUUAACAAUCACAAACAAAUCACGGGCCAACAUACCAAGGGUUGUAUAUCCUGCAGUCAGCAACAAAUCAGAAAGAGGAAGUGAAAUCACCUAGGAGACAUUUUCAGGGUGGAUGUAUUAUCGUUUGAUUAUUUUUAUUAUCAAUUGGUUUAGUUUCGGGGUACGUUGUUUUGUAUAUACUAUCUACACGUCAAACACAUUUCAUCAUAAUAAAACAUGCAUAUUUAUAAGUAUGAUUAUGUAUCCUGUAAUUUCUUUCUUAUAUUUUCUCGUCUUCGACUGUUUAUGAAUAGACUAGAUGACCAUGUUUAAAAACAAAGGUAACGUGUUAAGAUGUUAAUGUUAACUGUUUUUCUUUUUAUCAUUUGCAUAUUGUGAAAGUACUCAUGGAACAAAUUUUAUAUCUUGUUUGUGUGGUUUUGGUGCAUUUAUUUUUCAUUAGUGCAUUCAAUGGAUUAAAAAAUCUUAUAAUUUUUUUUUAUUCUCUUAUAUAAAUUUGCCAUUUGAAGCUACAAAGCAGUAACUAUGAUAAGCCCAGAAAAUUUUUGGCUACAUUUUUGAUUUUAAUAAAAUAGUCAGAUGUUGAAAUAGAAAACUUAUUUGACUAUGAAAGUUUGGUUAAAGGGAAACACAAACAGAAGCAAAAUGGUACGUCAUUUAGCAUAAAAUCUUUGUAUUGAGAUGAAAUUCAAGCUACUAUUUGGUACAUGUAUUAAAUUUUAGUAUGAGCUGUUGAAAGGCUUGCUUUCUUAAUUUUCAAUAUGCAAAAAAUGAAAUUAAAAUCCAAUUGUUGAUAAACCAAGAAAAAUUUAAAUAACAACCAAAAAAAGAGAGAAAUAGUGUGACUGCAUUAAAAUAUGUUUUAUCUAGACCCGUUGUUUCCACAAUUUUCACUCAACACCGCCCAUUUAACCAAUUUUCCUGACCAAUUAUCUUUAAGAAAAACUGGUGCAAAACCUCUGCAAGGUUACCGGUAUUUUGAGCAGUUUUUCAUGAAUGUUUAAAUUGGAAUUUUUGUAUUACACAUCAUUUUUAGCCCAUUUUUCAUAAAAUAUAUGAAUAUAUCAAUUUCUGAAAUUCAUACAUUUGAAUACAAACGAAGUAGCAUUCCAUAUUGGCUUAUUAGUAUAGAAUUGCAGUUUAAACAAUGAUGAAAAUUACUUGUUCUUUUUGAUAAAUUUACUUUGUUUGUAUUUACAUGUGCAGGUAUUAUAGUAAAAGUUUUUUUUGUUUGGUAAUUUAAUCGCUAAUACUCGAUUUUCUGUGGCUGUAUGUACAUUUUAAAACAUAUAUUCUCUAUCCUCCUUAUUUUUGGCAAGAUGUAUUUGUGAUUUUGUUUUUAUACAUAAACAAUCAUGUAUGUGGUUUUAUGUAUUUGAAAAUGAAAUUAAAUUCUCUGUUUCCAUGUUAGUCAGAUGACAAGAAUUUGUAAUUCAUGUACAUAUGAACAAAACCUUUAUUUUUAUUCCAGCUGGCUUUGAAAAUGUCCCAUUACUGGGAGUGCUUAAAAUAAUAUUGCAUGUUUGCUAAGUAUAUGUGAUAAAUUAAGGGGACAUUACUAGUCUGCUAAAUUGUGAUGUGUUUACAAGUGCUGUCUGAAUUUCCUAUCCUAUAUAUUACUUGUACAUACAUGCAAAUGAAUAUUGAAUAUACCAUACAUGCACACAUUAUGCGUAAUAUUUUCGUAUUUUUACUCUAUAGCUAUAGGUCAAUUGCAAUGUGAUUUCAAAUAUUUUGCAUUACACUUUUUUCGUUAUUUUUUUAACAGUACAAGGACAACAAAAAAUACUUUCUAUAUUUUGUUUAAAUGGUGAUCAUUACUUUAUUUUGAAGAAAAAAGACUGUGCUGCCUUGUUCCAAUGUUACAAAUUUCUUUUAAAUUGUACAUUUAAUAGUGUCUUUUGUAAUAAUGUGAUGAGUGUUUGGAAUGGUUGGUUACAGCAAGGCAAGAAUAAAAGUAAAUUCUUUGGAAAA